AAAAGGAAGGGGAUAUGACGCAUUUGAAUGGUCGAUUUCCCGAACACCCGGCCAAAAUCGACCAACCAGUGGAGUGCGUUGGAGGUCGAAAGAAACGUGUACCGUGUGAAGAAAAUCUGAAAACUCCGUUGUGUCUGUUGAACGAUUGUUUCACAGCUCACUAAAAAGUUGAGUCAGAAAAUAUAAAACACACCAAAAGCUUUGUUCGUAAGUAGUAGAAAUAGUAAAAUUUUGGAGGUUGUGGAAAAUGAAUCAGACCUUUGAGGAAUGGGAUGAACUUAACAACGACUUCAAACAGUUGGAGAUAGACAACAAAACAUACAUCCAGCACUUGGAUCAGUUGACAAACUUACAGAAGAAAUGUCAGAGCCAUCUUACUCAUCAGCGAUAUCGCUUAGAUAUCAUUCAGAGGACACUAAAAGAGUUAGAAAAAACCAAAGAUAAAGAAAAGCACAAAGAGGAUGAAGAGAAAAUCAAAGAGCUAGAAAGCAACAUUUUGAAACGAAAAGCACAGUUGCAUGAAGUGGAGCAAACAUUACCAAAACCAAAUGGCAUUUACUUAAAGAUCAUUUUAGGGAAUGUGAAUGUGUCAAUAUUGAACAAAGAAGAAAAGUAUGUAGAUUUUUUCUAAGCUCAAUUUAAUAUGAUCAAUUCUUGGGUCCAAAUGAUGCUAUAUGUAAUAAAAAUACAUACUUUUGAGAUAAUCCUUGAUGAAGGAUUCCACCAGAUGUUUGGAAUUCCUUAGAUUACCUGUUUUGAGACUAACACAAAGAUCAGGGGACUCUCUAAAAAUCCAUGGUUUCAUACUUUUACAAGUAUCUGUAAUAUUGGCUCAGGUAGCUUUCUUACAAAUUUCUUUACUAAUGUGAGUCUAACUGGAUUGAAUAGCUUGGAGAUCCAUAAUGUUGGAAGGCUUCUUUAUAUGAUACACAAAUUUAGUUAUUAAUCAUUGAUUUUAACAUGUACAAAUAAUAUUAUCUAUAACUAUAUGGGAGGUGGGACCUAUCUGCAAUAAUUUGACCAAGGACGCUUUGCCCAGUUCUAUUAAUCCUAGGCAGUCAAUCAAAUAUCACAUCUUUAUAGCAGUUGCAGUAUCUCAGUUCAGGUUUUGUCUUCACAGCUUCAAUGUAAAAAAAGAUUCAUACAAUGAUGUUCAAUCCCAUUACUGCUAGAAGGACAAUGGCCUUAAUUUUAUGAACAACAUGAAUUCUUGAAAUUGAAGUUUCCUAGAAACUUAUAUAAGUAGUAGUAUAGUAGUACAUAUAAAAAUAUAAUAUGCUUAAUAUGUAAUACUUGAAUUUUAUCCUCCCCCACAGUGGCCUUAUUCAAAAUAUCAGUAAAAAUUAAUUGAUUUGUAUGUGGAUGCAUUAGGCCAGAAGAUCAUGGAGUUCUGAUAUCACAUGUUUACUUCUGAUUUUUUAUCCUGUAAUUUGAGUAAUUAGUAGAGACCAAUUUUUUAAUGAAUGAAUAAUUUGAUUUAAAUAGUGUAACUAAGUAUACAUUUUCACUUACUUAUUAAGUACAUUUGACUGACAUAUUUGAAAAGAAUUAAUUUUUGGUUGUGCUAUCAAGAUGAAUCUAAGGACACCUUACAUGUGAAAAGCCAUUUGUAGCUGUAGUCCAUGAAAUACAAAUUUCAAGGUUGAAAUUUAAAGAUCGCCAUUUUGAUUUUAUGAAAUUUUGGUAUACCCAAUGUCACUCAUGCUGUUAAGAGACACAUCAUAAAUGUCAAAAACUAUCAAAUCCUUCUAGCUGUAGCCCAUGGAGCCUAUAUAUAGUCAGAAUCACGAAAGAUGACCUUUAUGUCAUACCAUAAAUUGUACUGAAGUAAUCAAUGGACGUACGUCGAUGAUAAAAUCAUGAUGUCAUGAAUGAUAACAACAAAUUUAUAUUAUGAUUUUGCGAAGUUAGGUUAUUUCACUGAUUAUUUUGAUUUUCAUUUUAUUUUAUGGUUUUGAGUUAUAAUCUUAGUUUUGAAAAAAACUGUUAUGAUUAGAAUACCUACCUUAAGACAGAAACACCAAAGACCAAAGUAUUAUUCGAAAACAACCUAACCUGCUUUAACAUAACCUAACUACUCAUCUUUCAUAUGUGAUCGAUCAUGCAACAUGAAAACAUCAUCUAUCUUUGUCGGAUACAUGCAUAUUAGCAACACAGUUUGUUUAGACAAUAAAAUUCUGUUUGUCUCUGUCUAGCAUAUCUGAAACUUAAUUAAAAAUAUUCACAAAUCGCUGUCGUUUGUCUUUACUACAGACUAAAAUGAUGACGUAAUCGUCAUCUUUCGUCAUUUCAACUAUAUAGUUGUAGUCACCGUUCUUGGCGGUUACGUCAUCAACGCCAUAUGAAAUAAGUAAACAGAUCGAGUCUCUGAACCAUGGGCGGAACACUGUGCAGACUAAUAUUCAGCUCAUCUGCUACUCUCUCCAGUAUGCAUGAAGUGGGUAACAGGGGGCCUCUGUGCCUCUGUUUUCACUCUCUUCCUGGAAAUACUCUAAUAAAUUUGGCAUUGUACAAUUUUAUAUUGUGUCAAGUAAGUUUUCCAGAUGGAGACACACAACUAAAAAACGUAAAUUUCUUUGAGCUUAUGGAACAAACGUUCACACACAGGGGCAGGUUGCGUGUACAUAUGAGGGAGAUAGAGGUAUAUAAAGGGUUACUGUUGUCUUACUUUGACCGCCAUGUGCUGUAAAAACGACCCCAAAACUUGACAUCUGCAGUAACCGUAGUUCUUUGACAGGGUUACAAUGUUGGGGGAUUUUCCUCUAAAUUUGAGGGAUUUUUGAUGUCGGAUUUUUUCGUAGUAUGGCUCCAUGCUGUAUCCCGUGAAAUAUAAAAAUCUAGAAACAUCCCAGUUGUCAAAAUCCAUCAAGUGUUCAAGCCCAAUUUUUUUAAUAAAAUUUGCUAUUUUGUUUUUAAAAAAUGUUAAUAUAGUCAUUGCCAUUCAU